AUGUUCAGUCGCUCUCUCACUCGCGCCGUCGUCGGUCGAGGGUCGAUCGCGGCCAGCAAGAGCCUCUCUCUUCGGUUGACCGGCCUGCGCGCAUAUGCGAGCGUGCAAAACGCGCCGUUGGCGGAGAAGCUCAGCAUCAACGGGGAUCGCCUAUGGCAAGACAUUCACUACACUGCGCAAUGGAGUGCCCCCUCGCCCGGCGGCGUGACUCGUCUCUGUGCGGACGAGAACGACAAGAAGGUCCGCGACUGGUUCCGCGACCAGCUGCUCGCACUUGGGGCGGACUACAAGGUCAACGCGACGGGCACCCAGUUUGGCGUGUUUGAGGGAGAGGACAACAGCAUUCCUCCGAUCGCAAUGGGCUCUCAUCUUGAUACCGUCGCGACCGGCGGGAGGUUUGAUGGACCACUUGGAGUGAUUGGUGCCCUAGAAGUCAUGCGCAGCUUCAAGGAACAAGGCAUCAAGACUCGGGCCCCCGUCGUCCUCAUCAACUGGACCAACGAGGAAGGCGCGCGGUUCUUCCCCCUGCUGGGCUCCUCCAUUGUCUACGCCGGCCGUUCCACGAUCGAGCAGGCACAGGCGGCCAAGUCCAACGACGCCUCGGAGUUGACCAUGGGCGGCGAGCUGGCCAAGAUUGGCUACGUCGGCGACGGUCCCAACACCUUUGAAGAGUUCCCCAUCUCGGCGCACUUUGAGAUCCACUGCGAGCAGUCGACCGACCUGGAGAAGGCUGGCAAGCCCGUCGGCUGGGUGGAGGGCUGGCAAGGCAUGACCUGGUACGACGUCAUCUUCCACGGCGAGGACGGCCACGCCAACACCUACCCCAUGUACGGCCGACGGGACGCGCUGACCGGCGCCGCCAAACUCAUCUGCGAGCUGGAAAAGCUGGCGUACGAGAAGAACGGCGCGACCACCGUCACCGGCAUGCACAGCCGGCCGUGGGGCGCGUGCAACAUCCAGUCCAAGACCAAGAUCACCUUCUGCCUGAUGCACAAGGAGGCCGAAGGGCUGGAGGCGAUGGGCAAGGCCAUCAUGGAGCGCGUCAAGAGCAUUGCCUCGCUGCAUGGUCUGGAGGCUGAGACCGACCGGACCGUCCACCUCCUGCCGGGCAACUUCUGGCCCGAGGCCAUCGACUGUGUCAGGCGGGCCUGCGGGGACAAGGGCAUUGCCUCGCGCACCGGCACCGGACACGACUCGACCAUGACCACGCUACUGUGCCCGACCGCCAUGGUGUUUGCACGCGCAAAGGACGGCAUCAGCCACUCGCCCAAGGAGUGGACGUCCAAGGAGGACUGCGCCGAGAGCGCGUUGGUGUUGGGCAAGGCGGUGCUGAACUUUGACGACUACAUGAAGCAGAAGGCCGCUGCGUCCUAA